CGGGGAUCCUGCGGUGUCGGAGGUGGGUCCUGCCCCUCGAGCUGGUGUCAGGGUAUGAAGCCGCCUCCCACGGGAGGGACGGAAAAACAGCCACGGGUAGAUUUUGGCUGGCGCCGGCCCCAGCCUGGCGCCAGCAGGACAAAUCCUGGCUCCGUGCAGGGCUGGGGGGGCCGGGGUGGGCGCGAGGGUCAGCCCAGGACACAGCGGGGUGUCGGGGUGCGGUGCCCCGUCUCCUCCAUGCCCACAGCGCUGCCGAACCUGCUGUGUCCCCACGUCCCGUGAUCAGUCCAAGGGUUGUGCCGCGCCACGACCUUUGAGAUGAGCUGCACCCACCCCCUGGCACCUGAAGCCCAGCACCCCCUCAGCGAAGAGCCCCGGCCCCCGGUGCCCCCCAGCAGAGCGAUGGCAGCGGCGUUGGCGCUGCUGGUGCUGGUGGCUUGGCCAGCUGCCACCGCCGAUACAGCGACGCGGGACUCGCUGCUCAACAUCUGCAUGAGCGCCAAGCACCACAAAGAGAAGCCUGGCCCUGAGGGGCAGCUCUACGGGCAGUGUGUUCUCUGGAAGGACAACGCCUGCUGCACUGCCAACACCAGUCAGGAAGCCCACGAGGACCAGUCCUACCUGUACAACUUCAACUGGGACCACUGCGGGGCCAUGCCGCAGAAGUGCAAGCGCCACUUCAUCCAGGACACGUGUCUGUACGAGUGUUCCCCCAACCUGGGGCCGUGGAUCGACCAGGCAGACAACACCUGGCGGAAGGAGCGGAUCCGGGACGUGCCGCUGUGCCGGGAGGACUGUGAGCAGUGGUGGGAGGAUUGCCAGGAUGCUGUCACCUGCAAGGUCAACUGGCACAAGGGCUGGAACUGGACCUCAGGCACCAACCAGUGUCCCCAGGGCGCCAUGUGCCAGAAGUUCAAGUUCGUGUUCCCCACGGCGGCUGCGCUCUGCGAGCAGAUCUGGUCCGGCUCCUACCGCUACACAUCCCACCACCGUGGCAGUGGCCGCUGCAUCCAGAUGUGGUUUGACCCCGCACAGGAGAACCCCAACGUCGCCGUCGCCCAGUAUUACGCCGGUGGCGAUGCCCCCCCAAACCCCCCACUCCCUGCCCUGCUGGCCCUGCUGCCCCCCGCACUCCUGGCCCUGCUCUGAGCAGGAGAGGCUGCAGGCAGGAGCGGGCAGUGGGUGGUCAGGGGGUUGCCAAGCUGUCCUGUGCCCCCCUAUGGGAUGUCCCCAAGCUCUGUCCCCCACAGGCAUGUGGAUGGUGAAUAAAUACUCCUGCCCUG